AUGACUUUAAAGUCUGCUUGCUGCAGAAGGAGAGCAUUUUAUCCUAAUCUACAUCUUAGCCAAAGCAUUGAACUUAUCUCUAUCCAUUUGGGUUGUUGGUUCUUGGAACAAGGUUCCAUUCCUGGGCCACUCCUACUGAUCAUUGCUUUUGCUAAGAUAUUAUUGUCUUUGAGCUCAAUUGUUGAAGUGGAGACUAAUCAAGCCAGGAAAGUAAAGAAAAGAAGAGCUUUUGCAGAGUGCACCUCAAAGCCAUGUAAUGCCUGCUGGUCGACCAAUCCUGUGCGUACAGGCAGAAGGGACAGUAAGGAGUCAAUCUUUGAUAAGGCGAUGGCUGAAAUUCCACAAUCAAAUGGGAAUAUCAUUGAAACUCUUAGACUAUUUUCGCUCAGAGGAUUUGAUGAGAGGGAAACAGUGGCCCUCCUUGGAGCACAUAAUAUUGGGAGGAUUGGUUGUCAAUUUAUUCGGCCCAGGCUCAGUAAUUUCACGGGGACAGGUUUACCUGAUCCAACAAUUCCUCCAGACUUUGUUGAAGAGUUGAGGCAGAAGUGUCCAGACGACAACAACACCAUCAGCAAUAUGUUGAAUGAUGAAGAUACAGAUACAGCUAGGGGUCUGAGUGUAUCAAUUGGGACAUCAUUAGAUAAUCACUACUACAAGACUUUGAUGAGAGGAAGAGGGCCUCUGUUUGCUGAUCAACAGUUGAUGGCUUAUGAAAAGACUGCUACAGCAGUGACAGAUUACGCUAUUGAUGAUGGGAUUAUAUUUAGGACAGAGUUUGCUCAUGCCAUGGCUAAACUGUCCAAUUUUGGUGUUCUUACUGGAUCCGAAGGAGAAGUUCGGUCACAUCUAAAUUCGUAG